AUGUGCCCGGACGAGGGCGGCGCGGCCGGGCUGGGCGAGCUCCGCUCCUGGUGGGAAGUGCCGGCCAUCGCGCACUUCUGCUCGCUCUUUCGCACCGCGUUCCGCCUGCCGGACUUCGAGAUCGAGGAGUUAGAAGCCGCUCUUCACCGAGAUGAUGUGGAGUUUAUCAGUGACCUGAUUGCCUGUCUGCUUCAAGGCUGCUAUCAGCGAAGGGAUAUCACGCCUCAGACAUUCCACAGCUACCUGGAGGACAUCAUCAACUACCGCUGGGAGCUGGAGGAAGGGAAGCCGAACCCUCUGCGCGAAGCCAGUUUCCAGGAGCUGCCCCUGCGCACGCGCGUGGAGAUCCUGCAUCGCCUCUGCGACUAUCGGCUUGAUGCGGACGACGUCUUCGACCUUCUCAAGGGUCUGGACGCAGACAGUCUUCGUGUAGAACCGUUGGGUGAAGACAACUCGGGAGCACUCUAUUGGUAUUUUUAUGGAACACGGAUGUACAAAGAGGAUCCGGUACAUGGGAAACCUAACGGAGAACCUUCUCUGAGCAGGGAAGUUGAAGGUCAUAAGAAUGUCUCAAAUGUCCCUGGCAAAACUGGAAAAAGAAGAGGAAGACCCCCAAAACGGAAGAAACCGCAAGAGGAAAUUGUAGUGAGUGAAAAAAAGGAAGAAAACUCGUUGGCAUCCGAGCCCCAGGCACGACAUGGGUCUCAAGGACCAGGCCAAGGUACCUGGUGGCUCCUGUGCCAAACAGAAGAAGAAUGGAGGCAGGUCACUGAGAGUUUUCGAGAGAGGACCUCCCUUCGAGAACGGCAGCUCUAUAAGCUCCUCAGUGAGGACUUUCUGCCCGAGAUUUGCAACAUGAUUGCCCAGAAGGAGACCCCUGUGCUUAGCAGACUAGAAAAACAGAAGCGCAGAGAGGAGGAGGAGGAAGAGCGCCAGAUCCUUCUAGCGGUGCAGAAGAAGGAACAAGAACAAAUGUUGAAAGAAGAAAGGAAACGGGAGUUGGAGGAGAAGGUCAAGGCAGUGGAAGAUCGAGCCAAGAGGAGAAAGCUCAGGGAAGAAAGGGCAUGGCUUCUGGCUCAAGGGAAGGAGCUCCCCCCUGAACUUUCUCAUUUGGAUCCCAACUCGCCCAUGAGGGAGGAAAAAAAGACCAAGGACCUCUUUGAGUUGGACGAUGACUUCACUGCUAUGUAUAAAGUUCUAGACGUGGUCAAGGCUCACAAGGACUCCUGGCCCUUUUUGGAACCUGUGGAUGAAUCUUAUGCUCCUAAUUAUUAUCAGAUUAUUAAGGUCCCCAUGGAUAUUUCGAGUAUGGAAAAGAAACUGAAUGGAGGUUUAUACUGUACCAAGGAGGAGUUUGUGAAUGAUAUGAAGACAAUGUUUAGGAACUGUCGGAAGUAUAACGGCGAAAGCAGCGAGUACACCAAGAUGGCUGAUAAUUUGGAGAGAUGCUUCCAUCGGGCAAUGGCAAAACAUUUUCCUGGUGAAGAUGGAGACACGGAUGAAGAGUUUUGGAUUCGAGAGGAUGAAAAACGAGAGAAGAAACGGAAUCGGGGUGCGCGAAGUAGUGGGAGCCAUGUUUGGACCCGCUCCAGGGACUCGGAAGGACCUAGCAAGAAGCAGCAGCCUGUGGAAAAUGGGGGGAAGUCCUUGCCCCCUACCCGCAGGGCCCCCGCUUCCGGAGAUGAGCAGAGCAGCAGUUCCGCACAGCCCCCUCGGGAGGUGGGCACGUCCAACGGCCGUGGCUUUUCUCAGCCCCUGCAGUGUGGUGGAACACCCAGCCAAGUACCCCUUAUUGGUCAGAUGAGACCAGCAGUCCCAAGGGCAUUUGGCCCUCUUCGGACUUUGGAUCCUAGCGGCGUGUUUGGUGUCUCUCGAGUCCCAGAACCACACCCUGGAGAGCCUGUCCAGCAGCAUCAGCAGCCUUUCGCCCUACAGGCUCCAGUUGGAAUUAACAGCCACCGAGGACCCAGGCCGGGUGCACCUGAAGAGAAGCCAAUAUGUGGGGGACUAACACACCUUUCUAACAUGGGGUCGCAUCCUGGAUCCUUACAACUUGGACAGAUGAGUGACCCCAGUCAGGAUGGAAGCGUGUAUACCCCAGCUCAGUUCCAGCCAGGAUUCGCUCCUCCCAGGCAUGCUGGUGUUCCAGCCCGAUCCGCCAACUUUCCCGAGAGCCCAGAGAUUCCUGCUGGCCACGUGUAUCGAUCCUACAAGUACAUGAAUCGAGUACACUGUGCUGUCUGGAAUGGGAACCAUGGUGCUACAAACCCAGGACCCUUGGGGCCCGAUGAAAAGGGCCACUUGGGGCCAGGACCCUCUCAGCAGCCUCGCACUCUUGGUCACAUGAUGGAUUCCCGGAUGAUGAGACCUCCCAUUCCCCCAAACCAGUGGACUGAACAACCAAGCUUUCUACCUCAUGGAGUUCCUUCUUCAGGGUACAUACGACCACCCUGUAAGUCUGCUGGACAUCGCCUGCACCCACCUCCAGCCCCAGCGCCAGGCUCUCUGUUUGGAGCUCCUUCACAGGCUCUGCGAGGUGCGCAAGGAGGGGACUCCAUGAUGGACAGUCCUGAGAUGAUUGCCAUGCAGCAGCUCUCCUCCCGUGUGUGCCCACCAGGUGUGCCUCACCACCCACCCCGACUUCCCUGGCCCUUGCCACAGGCAGCUCACUCAGUGUCCGUAAGUGUGUCAGCUCCCAGGCCUGCCUUGGGCAACCCAGGAUGAACACAGGGUAACAGCCAGACACAGCUGCCUGACGCAGAGCCUGUGCAGGGCUUGGAUGAGAAAGCAGCAAGUGUCGGAGCUUCAGAGGGCGUGUACCUCACCCCACUACCUCACUCCACACCUCCCCUGCAGACGGGCUGCUCCAGGCAGGAUUCACCUCAGCAAAGGGACACGGAGGGCCUAGAGCUCAAAGGCAACUCCUCCGACUCCGUGGACAACUGUAAAGCAACCACGGGCAAGAGCGCCUGGCCUGCUGACGGCAUCUACAGUCACCCAGCCACCCCGGGGUGUAGGAGAGACCUCCCUGAGAACGGAGUUCUGGGGGAAGCAUCUCCUUGUGGGGCUGAAGGGAAAGGCCUUGGGGGCAGUGGGUCUGAAAAGCCCCUUUGCCCCAGAGGCAAAACAGGCCAGGAGACCCUGCCGUGCUCAGGACACAAUGCGACCACACCUCCCAACACAGACACCAGUUUGAUGGCCAGCUCUGUGAGCCAGUUCUCUCCCCUGUAUGUGCCUAGCCUGGAAUACCCAAAUUCAGGCACCCAUUACCACCUCAGCUCAGGCCUGCAGGGCUUGGGUCCCCUGAUGGGAGGGACGAGCUCGGCCCCACACCCUCAGCAUUUCCCCGCUGCAGGCUUUCAGUCCAACAGCCCUCACGCUGGCGUCUUUCCCCGGUACCGCGCCCCCCAUGGCAUGCGCUACGCCUACCAGCCGCCACCUCAACCUGCCUACCAUCACUACCAGCGAACUCCCUACUACGUCUGUCCCCAGGGCUUUUCUGACUGGCAGAGACCUCUCCAUCCCCAGGGCAGCCCCGGCGGCCCCCUGGCCAGAGAGCCUCCCCCGGCCCGCUCCCUCUUCUCAGAUAAGAACGCCAUGCCUCAUCUGCAAGGUUGUGAGGCGUUGAAUGCUGCCUUAACUUCCCCAACUCAGAUGGAUGCAGUAGCUGCUAAAGUUGUCCCAACUGAUGGGCAGAGCCUUGGUCCAGAGGAAGAAAAGCUGGAUGAAUCUAUGGAGGGACCAGAGAGUCCCAAAGAAUUUUUAGACCUAGACAACCAUAAUGCAGCUACCAAACGACAGAAUUCAUUAUCCACCAGCGAAUAUCUUUACGGAACUGCCCCUGCACCUUUGGGUUCAGGGAUUGGUUUUGGUUCCUCGGCUUUCCCAGCCCAGGGUGUGAUGUUACACACGGGGCCUUCCUAUACACCCCAGCGUCCAGCUGGUCACCUUCAGCCCAGGGUGUACCCCUCCCCCGUGGCUGCUGCCCCGCCUCACCAACCUGCGGUUGCCCAGCCCAAUGGCCUCUCUCAGGAAAGACCCCUCUUUCGAUGUCAGGAAGAGGGCCCACCGGGUCACUUUCAAGCUGUAAUGAUGGAACCAGUUGGCACUGGAGGUGGAGUGAGAGGACCUUUCCAGGAAAUGUACAGACCAUCAGGAAUGCAGAUGCACCCAGCCCAGUCACAGUCCUCAUUCCCAAAGACCCCGGCACAGGAAGAGCUGCCCCCACACAAGCCCGCCACACUUCCUCUGGAUCAGAGCUAGUCCAAGGAGGAAAUGACCCCCAAGCCAAUGAAAAGCUGCACAUGAAGACUGAAUGUCGAGAAUCCAGGGCAGUGAGUGGCCCUUGCCCAGCUCUGUCCCUGUUGCGUGCACUGCCCUUCCACAGUGAGUGGCCGCUUGCCCUCAGGAGCCGGAGCCGAGCCGGAGCCGCUCCCCAGGCAUGGAAGCACACUGUUAGAGACGGCGCCUCCUGAGAGAUGGCCUGCAGAGCUGCCGCGCCCAGCCGGGAGGAACGAGUGGACCGGAACUGAUGCUGGCUUCUCCGCAGCUCGAGACUCUUGUUCAGGGAAAAUCAUUUGUGGCUUGGCGGGGGAGGGACUUACAUACAUAAGAGUGGAGUGGUGCUUUUAAAUGUUCAUGAGCAGCUAAACUCAGGUAAUCUCUUUGGGGAAGGGACUAUGCGUAGUAUUAAUAUUUUCCCAGCUGGGUCCAGUUUACAGAAUUUUCAUGUUGCCUUUUAAAAUAAUGUCUGUUGGAGGUGAAUGUAUUGUACAUAAAGUAGGGGGAGGGGCUUGGGAGAAAUGGGAAUCCUGACCCUGGGGGUCACACAGCACUGGA